UGACGUUUUUUUCCCCUUUGACCGUCAGAGUGUGGGAAGAAAACAAACGCGUACAGUCCAACAAUAUUAUUGCUCCAAGAGAGUUGUGAAAUUUGGCCCAUCUUGACGCUGCUGGGCUCGGAAUAAACGCUGGAAUCCGCUGCGGGAACCAUGAACCAGGUGUGUCGAGCCUGCCGGAACACGGUCGGACCGGGGGAGAUUGCCCUGGCCGGGAUUUCCACCCGCUGCCACCGAGCACUGUGGGAAAUGAUGUACGAGUGUACGCAGCUUAAGGUAACAUUGGACGACACUCUGCCGAAAAACAUAUGCGCCAGCUGUCUGGAACGAUUGGAAGUUUGCUUUGAGUUUGUGACCAUGUGCCGCGCUUCGGCGGACUCCUUUCUGGCCACAGAAAUGCCCAUCAAGUGCGAAACGCUUGAUUUGACCGAAACCAUACUCAUCAAGGAAGAGCCCCUCUUCGAAACCGCCGGCGAACAGGCCAGCUUCGAAAUGCGAAAGCUCGAACAAAUCACCAGCGACGACGACUCGCUGCUAACGAUGAUAACGACAACGGACGGAAUGACACCCGGACCGGAGCCGGGAGUAACCGGACGCCGACACUACGCAAGACUUCGAAUGCAACGGGCGAGGGCAAACUACACAACGGAAAGGGUCACCAACGAACGCAUCCUGAACCGGCUACGAGUGGCGCGGAAGCGAGCGGCACGCACCCAGGAACAGAUCGAGUUGGAUCGGGAACGGAACCGGGUUCGGCAGUUUCUACGGCGAGCCAACCGCACAUCGGAGGAAAUCGAAGCCCAGCGGGAACGGGGCCGGCUGCAGAACGCCGCCAGACGGGCGGCCAUGCGCAAGGCAGAACGGAGCGGAACCGAUGCGGACGCGAGCUCCUAGAGCUCGGAAUACCAAAGCAAUGAUCAUGAUAAUUUGGAAUUUGCGGAAACAUUACGUGGAUACUCAUAUUACAAGCUUUCGAUUUAAAAGUUAAAAUUCUUCAAUUUUAAAAUUUUCACGCAAGAUAAACGGCUGUCUGUUUGCACACUGGUUUGCACAAGUUAAA